AGACGUGCCAAACAGCAGCGGUGGGUGGAAACCCGAGCAGGGGAGGCGUCUCCCUGCCACAGGAUGUUUUCUUUCUUAAUAAGCGUGAGGCUCGGCGAGUGGAGGUGACAUGCAGAGCGAGCUUUGGCUUGGGUUCACACUCGGGGUCAUGAGGCUCUGCUGGCUGCUGCUGGUCGUCCUGGGCUGCAGGCCGUCUCGCGCCGCUCCGUCUCCCAGCAUCGGGGCCCUCCAAGAUGUGCAGACGGCCUCGCAGGCGGGCUGCAGCGGCACGGCGCUCAUCCUGUGUCCCAGCGUGACCGGGAAGACCCUGAGGUUCAACCUGCUCCGGGGCGACGAGAGGAUCUGUAACUGCACCUGCCAGGUUCAGCCCGGCGAGCAGGACUGCUCGGCCCAGUGCAGCCCCGACGUCAAGCCGCACAAGAGCAGGGAGGGCCGGUUCGCCGGCUUCAACGUCACCGUGUCCAAAACCCCGGUGAGGUACAGCUGCGAGGCCGCCGUCAUUUCACCCCCUCCCCUCAAGAAGAGCCUGAGCGACGCCGUGGUGCCGCUGCUGGUGGAAGGACAUCAAUGCGGAAGCAACCAGGACGGAUCUACAGGAGACGGACAAGAGAGGAGAAGCGGGACGUGGCUGUGGAUCUGGAUCCUGGUGGUGGUGUCCCUGAGCGUCUACGGCCUGGCCGUCACCGUGCUGGCGUCCGUCUGCUGGACCAAGCUGAGGAGGACGGAGUUACAGAACGACUACAUGAACGCCAAACCGCGAGUCCAGCGAGCCCCCAAGAAGAAGAGAGGAAUCCAGAACCCCAUCCCCAGAUACUUCUGAGCGCAGCAGCCACAGUAGCAGUUUUCCCUCCACAGGCCUGUUUUUGUGUAAACCAAAUGGAUGUAAAAAAAAUAAAAAUCUA